CUCCCUUCACCUCUCCUCGCUCUUCAAGAGGCUCUGCCAACCCUCCAACCGACGAGAUGCCCAACGGAGGCUGCGGCUGCUGCGGAGGAGGGAGAAGCUACUCCGUGACCUGCUACAGCAGCCCCAAGUGCUGCAAGACCCCCAUGUGCUGCUCCCCCAUGCAGUGCUGCAGCCCCUGCUGCACGCCCAUGCAGUCCUGCUGCAUGCCCAUGACCUGCUGCUACACCAUGAGCAGCAACAACAACAGGGGCUGCUGCGGCGGCUGCUGCGGCGGCAACUAAACCCGCCUGCCCUCCCCGGCUCACCCUG